AUGCUCCUGAGCUCCUCCUACAACUUCAGCCUGAAAGAGAACCAGAAUCCGGGGGUCACUGUGGGGCAGGUCCUCGCCUCCGCAGGAAGUGACCUGUACGAGGUUUCCUACGAACUGAGAACACACAAAGACCUGUUCUCCAUCAACGGCAGUGGUACCAUCUUUACCACAAAACAGCUGGACAGGGAGGAGCAGGAGUGGUACAUCCUGGAAGUGGAGGCUGUGGACACGUGGAUGCCUCCCACAUCAGCAGUGGCUCUGGUCAGAAUUCAGGUGGAGGACGUAAACGAGCCGCCAGAGUUCUCCUCGGACGAUUAUGAAGCCUCUGUGUUCAGCAUCUCUCCGUACAAAACCCCAGUCAUCCAAGUGAAGGCCUCGGACCCUGAUGUUGGAGACAGCAGUCGUCUGGUCUACAGUUUGCCAGCAGGAAACUCCUUCUUUGAACUGGAGUCGUCUUCAGGUUUGCUGUUUUUGGUGUCGGCAGCAGGUCUGGGUGGAAUAAACGUCACAAUGAAGGUGAAGGCCACAGAUCCUCAUGGACUUUCUGCUACCAGCAGAGUGAAGGUUGUGGUUCAGGGCAGCAGCGACGUGACGUUCAUCUCUCUGAAUAAGCCGGUAAACAUUGUGGAGGAAAAGAUUCCAGAGCUGGAGGAGGCUUUAGGUAAAACUCUGGGCUGGACGGUGAACAUAACCCAGGUGUGGAGCUCUGAUGGAGAAGAAAGCCGAAUGCUGAGGGCGUCGGUCAAGACUCUGGUCAGCUUAGUCGCUUUUGAUGACGAUGGAGCUGUUGAACCUCAGGAAGUCGCAAAGAAACUGCAGAGCGAGUCUGAAGAGGUGAGAGCGGCGCUGGCCAAGGUGUUGGGAAACGAUGUUCAGUUUGAAGUGGAGACGGAAAAAGAGCCUCCAGGCUCCAGCUCAGACCCAACUGUACUCAUCGUUCUGGGGGUUUUGCUUGGCCUGGUUUCAGUGGUUCUGGUUCUGACUCUUUCUGUAUUUAAAAGGUGA